AUGUAUGAAUCACUCUUAGCUUUUCUGAAAAAAGAAACUACAUUGCCAAUAUUUUUUUUCUUAGUGUAUUUAUUGAAAAGGGAUUUAUUUGAUAAAUUAAAAGCAAAUGAUGAUAAGGUUUUUCCAAAAGAGAAGCUAGAUAAUAACGCUGAUGGCGUCAAAAACGAGAUAUGCACCUUUAAAGACCGUUGGGAAUCAAGUAAUUGUACAACAUUUAAUGAUAUUGAAAAAGAACAACCAGAGUACGAUUGGUCUAUUACCAAACCAUAUCCAUAUAAACCUUUUAAACCUGGUGAAUACAACUUAAACAUGAAUGUUAAAACCAUUCCAAAGAACGAAUGGAUAGUUUUGGAAUCUACGUAUAAAACUAAUAUUCUGAAGAAAUGGGACAUUAUUAAAGAUAACUAUUUACAUGUGAUAUUUUUCCCAGAUCCAGAAACCGCUAAAAGGCAAGAAACUGUUAAUUUGACAAAUAACGAUUUUGCAAAAGCAAAAGAUACGGUUUGUCGUUUGUAUGACCAUGUAGUUGGGUUCUUAAUUAAUAAAUUUCCGCAUUAUUUUGAAGUGGUGUUGAAAGAUAAUGGGGAAACACCAGGGGUUCUUUAUAAUAAAAUCUUGGGUGAAUAUCAUCCAUUGAACCCUUGGAAAUUUACAUCUGUUGAUGAUUACCAAAACUGGUCAUUCCUGAACUAUUUCUGUUGUGAGAAAGAUAAUUACAUUGUGCCGUAUUUCGUCACGACUGAAUCUGUGAAGUAUCAUUUAUUAAUAUUAAGUGUAGCUCGCUUAAUAGAAGAAGACUACAUAUUAUUGUUCCCUAAUGAAAAUCGUCAAUAUAAUAAUGAAUAUAUUUUUCAAGCUGGCGUAUUCGCAUUUGCAGCAGGCUUUGAUCCAAUGGAAAGAUUUUUAAAACCAAUAUCUUUAGUUCAUGGACCAGUCCCUGAAUAUAAAGCUAGAUUACAAAAGAGUAUGAACAAGUUUUUCCAUGUCUUCCAACCUGGCAAAGUAGUUAUGCGAGUAAACUUUUCCUUCCAAACACAUCCACACUUUUUUGUGGUUAGUUCAAAUAAGGGUAAGCCAUCUGAAAUAAUUAGACCCAAAACCAUCGAACAAUUGAAUAGCGAUGGCUCUGACCUUUUUUACAGAAGUGAAAGACAGUGCUUGAUCAAGUUGGAUGCAAACGAUAGUAUGUAUGAUGGUCCAAUAUGCUUCACCAUCAAAACCUAUCUUUUUAGUAUUAUCAAAGAUUUGUUCCAAAUGGAUUUUUAUAAAGAACCUCAAAUUUUGAAUGACUUAAAAAGUGCGGUUUUAGACAUGCAAGAAAAUGUUGGACAGUAUAAACGGAAACCAGAGUGGGGACCAGCCCUAGUAUCACUAAUCGAUGAAGAGCUAACAAAGAAAAAACAAUGUUUGUCAUGA